UCAAAGUUAUAUUUCAGUAGGAAAUACAAAUAUAACUCCUCUUUACAUAAGGUUCCUACCUAUUUAAACUAAUACAAUAACUUAAUAAAAUAAUAUUUUAAAGAAAAAUGUCAGCGCUGGGAAACUUGAGUCAGGGAAAUCAACAGCAAGAUCUGCAAAAUGAACUAACGACCGCUAAUCAACUUCUAAGACUGAUAUCAUUAGAAUUAGAGCAAAUCAAAAACUUGACCAAUCCUGCAGGAGAUUUUGCAGCCAAUAUAAAAAAGAAUGCAGAACUCGUGAAGAAACUAGCAAACAUUCAACAGGUAGACUUGACCAACUUACCACCAUUUACUAGAAAAUAUAUAGAUCUGAAUGAGAAUGCAAACCAAAAUGUGUCUUAUGAGGAACACAAUACAUUCAGAAAUGAGUCUGAAAUGGAUGAGAGCCAGUGAAUGUACAUAUUUAGAUUAGUAAACAUUAUCUGAUAUUUAGGUUAAGCAUUAAAAUCUACUGAACUUGUUUAUUAA